AUGCUUGUUAUUUCUCAAGGAAGUAUUUUGCAGUGUGCUACAUAUCUGGGGCAUUCCGUCUUGCAGUGUGCUACAUAUCUGGGGCAUUCCGUCUUGCAGUGUGCUACAUAUCUGGGGCAUUCCGUCUUGCAGUGUGCUACAUAUCUGGGGCAUUCCGUCUUGCAGUGUGCUACAUAUCUGGGGCAUUCCGACUUGCAGUGUGCUACAUAUCUGGAACAUUCCGACUUGCAGUGUGCUACAUAUCUGGGGCAUUCCGUCUUGCAGUGUGCUACAUAUCUGGGGCAUUCCGUCUUGCAGUGUGCUACAUAUCUGGGACAUUCCGUCUUGCAGUGUGCUACAUAUCUGGGACAUUCCACCUUGCAGUGUGCUACAUAUCUGGGGCAUUCCGUCUUGCAGUGUGCUACAUAUCUGGGGCAUUCCGUCUUGCAGUGUGCUACAUAUCUGGGGCAUUCCGUCUUGCAGUGUGCUACAUAUCUGGGGCAUUCCGACUUGCAGUGUGCUACAUAUCUGGGACAUUCCGUCUUGCAGUGUGCUACAUAUCUGGGGCAUUCCGUCUUGCAGUGUGCUACAUAUCUGGGGCAUUCCGACUUGCAGUGUGCUACAUAUCUGGGACAUUCUGUCUUGCAGUGUGCUACAUAUCUGGGACAUUCCACCUUGCAGUGUGCUACAUAUCUGGGGCAUUCCGCCUUGCAGUGUGCUACAUAUCUGGGACAUUCCGUCUUGCAGUGUGCUACAUAUCUGGGGCAUUCCGACUUGUAG